AUGCCGGACAAGGAGGAGAACUUUUGCGAGAAAAUGGCAAAAGCCACCAGGGGAAUACACGCAAUCAGCGAUGCCUUGGUGAACGCGAAAUUGGCAUUCGGCUUUCUCGAUGACUCUGUAUGGGCUGACGGGCUUCUGGUUUUCUAUGAGGUAUUUCGCUACUUAGAAGGUGCAAUGAUUAGAUUAAAGAACACCAAAAUUGGAUUGCUUCCACUCAGUGAGCUUCAACGUACAGAAGCUUUUGAGCAAGAUCUUGAUCAUUACUUGGGAAAGGGAUGGAGGAAGAAUUAUAGUCCUAGGUACAUGUUAUAUAGAAUAAAUAUAGCAACAAGUGCUAUCACUUUAUAUUUUUCUUUACGUACGUUUGACAUGAUUCAAAUGGGCACUUGCCCAUAUUGA